GGAAGGAAACCACUACUUGGUGCAUAUUCAAUUACUCUUAAUUUGAUUAUAUAUUGAUCUAGUAUCAAAUCAUCCAUACAUUCCCAUAACUCACAAUGGUUGUUCUCUCCCAACUUUCAGAAGGAUCUUCAUCUUUAUCAUCAAUUCAUGGUCACAUAUAUGACAUAUUUUUAAGUUUCAGAGGUAUCGACACUCGUGAUAGUUUCAUCGCUUACCUACAUGAAGCUCUCACGGAUGCCAAUAUCACUACAUUCUUGGAUAAUGAAGCGAUUAAAGUUGGGGAAGAUCUAAAACCAGAAUUGGAGAGUGCUAUAAAAGCAUCUAGGGCUUCUAUUAUCGUAUUGUCUAAGAAUUAUGCUAAUUCAACCUGGUGCCUUGAUGAGCUGGUGUUGAUCCUUGAGCAACGUAUGAUAUCCAAUCAUAUUGUUUUCCCUAUCUUUUAUCAUGUUGAGCCUACCCAUGUUCGGAAGCAACAGGACAGCUUCGGAAAUGCAAUGUCUGAACAUAGAAAGAUGAUUGAGGCGGAGAACGAUGCAAAUAAAAGAAGUAAAUGGGCUGAAAAGAUGGACCGGUGGAAUAAAGCACUUACAGAAGUUGCUGGUUUAAAAGGCAAUAACGUCAAUGGGAGGCUAGAGACGGAAUUCAUUGAAGAAAUUGUCAAGGAUGUCUACUAUAGAUUACAAGUACCCUUACGCAAUCCUCUACCACUACUUAUUGGGAUGGACCAUUCCAUUAAAUUCGUCACUUCAUGGUUAGAUGAAUCCUCAUAUACAACAGACGUACUCACCAUUUUGGGUAUGGGUGGGAUCGGGAAGACGUCUUUAGCCAAAUAUGUCUAUGGUUUACAUUGUCGUAAAUUUAAAAGAAGCAGCUAUAUUGGAAAUAUCAGUAGGAGAUGUGAGGAAAGUUUUAUUGGAUUGCUCGGUCUACAAAAACAACUCUAUGAUGACAUUUCAAGAACAAGUUCAAUUGAAGUUCACGAUGUUUCUAUAUACACCUCAAAGAUAGAGAAUGUUGUGUCCCGUAAAAAGGUGUUUCUAGUUCUUGAUGACAUUGAUAAUCUCGCCCAGUUGGAUUCAAUGCUUGGAAGCGAAAGGUUUUAUCGGGGGAGCAAAAUUAUUGUUACAACAAAGGAUGGAUGGUUGACAGAGAGUUGUGCACUAUUCAAAAAGAAACUUACACCCAAUCAUACAACGCACUUACUUAAAGUCUUACAAGAGAAUGACUCACGAGAACUUUUGUGUUUUCAUGCAUUCAAGUCAAACCAUCCCAAGGCAGAUUAUAAAGAGGUGUCAAAUAAGUUUGUGAAGUAUUGUGAAGGACAUCCAUUGGCUCUCGAAGUUUUGGGAAAGUCUCUAUAUAAUCGAAAAGUAGCUUACUGGAAAGAUUAUCUAGAACGGCUAGAGAAAGAAACUGGUUCUCCUAUAGAUAAUGUCUUGAGAAUGAGCUUGGACUCUUUGUCAUCAGAAAAUGAUAAAGAAUUGUUUAAGCAUAUUGCUUGUUAUUUUGUUGGAACAAAUAGAUAUGUUAGUGAAACAAUAUUAAAGGCAUGUCAUUUAAACACAACAUCAGGGAUCACGAAUCUCGUGGACAGAUGUCUUCUUAGUAUCGGAGAUAAUAAGGAAUUCAUGAUGCAUCAGUUGCUUCAAAAGAUGGGAAGAUUCUUAGUACAUCAAGAAUCACCGAAGAAGCCAUGGAAGCGAAGUCGAUUAUGGCGUCAUGAGGAGUCAUUCCAAGUGUUGAAACAAAACAAAGGUAAGGGGAGUCUUCUAGGCCUUGCCCUUGACAUGCGGAUGCUUACUAAUCCACAACGACAUGAGAGUAGGCAAAAGCUGAUCGAAUCGUGCUCAAAAGACAAAAGACGUCUGGUAGCAGAGCCUGUAUCUAAAGGAAGAGAGGAAUCUAAAACACAGAUGUAUUAUGAAUUUGGAAUAUUCAGUACAAUUUACAGCAUGUUCAGAGUCCGUGUAGCUGGGGAUUGUGCAAUAUUGUUAAGCCAUUGGAUGUUUGGGAUGAAUGAGAUGGAAGUAUUUCCAUACUAUCUUCCAUACAUUGGAGACAAACCCUAUUAUAAAGAAAACCAAGUGCGUUUCAGAGUUUUUUCUGUAAAGAAGUCUAACAUAGUUGGUGGCGUACAUGAGGAUGAAACAGAGUUGUACAAUAGACCCUCGAAAAUGUUGAAGAUAUAAGCUAGCCUUGAUAGAGAGUGACGGUACUUCUUGUUAAUGGCAAUUACAAGAUGGUAGUUAUUGAUGACAGUUACAAGUUGCAUGUGGUUAUACUCCAAGAGUUGCACGGGUUCUCUUAAAUGGUUAAGAAGCAACCAUUUUAGGCUAUAUAUAUGUUGUAGUCUAAUGUUAAUAGUG